AUGAAGAGUAUUAUCGAGAAAGUGACUUCUCGAAACUCGGAUAAAAAUGAGAAGAUCGUACCGAUGCCGACGGAGCUGCUGGUUCCAACAAAGCUGAUACAUCCGAGUAGAUUACGUCAUGAUCGAAUGAUGGUUGUCGAUAGGAAGAAUUCGCUGGAUAUGAAACCCGUUGACAGUAAACGGGCUUUCGUGAAAAAACGCAGCAAAGUAACGGCGUCUGAAGUCCGCAAACAUGUGAUUAGUGGGCUUCUUCCGAUUCAUCGACUGACAGACGGUGAAAAUGGUUUCGACUUGGACAUUGCUAUGAUGGGCAAGGUAAUCAAUAAAUGGCAACAUCUGCGCAACAUUCCCCUCUCUUCUCAGGUACAAUAUACAGAACCAGUGCCUCCGAUUGACGUUGAAACGCUAUUAGAACAGAAAAAGACGUGUCUGCUGUACUCAAUUUCUUCUCCAAAAUCGUCGAAACCAAUCUUUGAAUAUGUGUCGGACGACGUCGAAGUGAAAACUAUCAGACAAGACGGGUUAUCAGAUCACAACUACACAACAAUCCCUCACAUUGAAAACCACGUCCGGGACAUUUGUGCGUUUUUCUGCGACGAUUUCUCGUUGGUCAACCGAAAACAUGCUCAACUCGGAACCGAAGACAUCAAGGACCGAUGGAAUCUGGAGAAACUUACAGCUCACCGUUCUCUACGACCACAACUCUUUCAUAAUGGGCUUCGGAUCAUGGAUCGGGAACCUAGCACGAUUUCUCUUGAUGGAUCAUACGACGCUACCGAUUUGGCAAAAUGCGCAAGUGAACAGUUCUAUGUAUCGAUGCUCAAAAAAUCAGCUAUUGACAAGAACACUCUACUCUACUCAAUGCUUUCAAAAAAUCGAGUCAAACACUUCAUGAACUGCAUUCAGUCAGAAGAUAAAGAUUGGAAAUGGGAGAAACGAGGGAUUCCAAGACUUCCAGAGCAAGAGGAGACGCCGAAACUGUUUGUUAAAGUUGAAAAGGCAAAUGCGGACCCAUACUUCGAGCCACUGUUCCUAUCAAUGGCUGUUUACGACAUUCGGAACAAGCAAAAGGUCACGGAAUCUGUAUAUUUCAAUGUUGCGGACCACGACAAAUUGGAUAUGCUAGGAAAAAAUCAACCAAAUUUUAUCAACGCAAACAUCAAAGCCCUGUUCAAUAUCACUGGUGUGCUUUCAGAUAUGUUUUUGGUGAUCAAGAUUGAGAAAGUGCUCCAACAAACUGACGUAUUUGACAACAGCGAGCCAUACACAGGCACUAAAGAGGAACGGAAUUUGGAGAAACUGAAAGUGACUGCUGAGGAUAAUUUUCAACGAUUGGGUGCCUACCGUACUCCACUCGGAAUUCAAGUAGUUGAUAUUCAACGAGUCUUCAAUGCCAAUGUCUCUGCAACUGCUUGUGGGUCGGAUAGGAGGACGGACCCAAUGUUGACCUCCCAGUGCACAACCAGCUCUGGGGUUAUUAUUACUACCGCCGGACAAGGACAAGAUGACCGUUGUAGCAUUACCAGUGCCGAUAGAACUUCCAUCGCAUCUGUGGGAUCCACACUGAGAAGAUUUGGUAGUGGAACUUCAGCGGCGACAGUCUUCAGUCGCGUACGCACUCCACUUACCAAAAGGAAAUUUGCACCGAUUUCGAAUUUGUCAUCAAGCAGAGAUAUACCAGAUUGUCUGGACAAUAUGCCAUCUUGCAAUUUGAAAUUCAACACGUUCAUCCGCCAGGAAGCUGAUAAAUACUCGGAGGAAGACAUCUAUCGGAUUUGUACUGAAGUUCGCAAAGCGCAUGGGAAAAUCAACAAAAAAAUGUUCAGCUUUGAGCUGGAACUGACGCUUGCAGGUUCCAAUAAAAGCAAGGAGUGCCAAAGCCAUGGGAGCAACUUGACACUGAGCAGCGAAAAUAUGAUCCACGAGGCAAUUGAAAUCCCAAAAUACAAAUCGACAUUGAACAAGUCCUACAAAAAUGUGCUAUUCGUCUACCCGAAACAUAUCAACCUGACUGCCAGAGCAGGAAAUGCACGAAAUAUCAUGAUCAAGAUUGAACUCAUGGACGCCAAGGAAAUACCACAGGAGGCAGUAUUUGAAAAAGGAGCAAAUAGAUUGAGUCUCUUGAAAAACGCCAAAACAACUGUGAUCUAUCACAACAGAACACCCCACUUCACUGACGAGAUCAAAUUGCUCCUACCUUGUGAUCUGAAUGAUGGCCAUCAUCUUCUUUUCACUGUGUACCAUAUUUCGUGCAAAGAUGGCGAUUCAUCUUCCGCAGAAAACGCUAUCGGAUACACUUGGCUUCCUUUAUACCGAAAUGGAAAACUUCGCAGUGGAGACUUCCAUCUUCCAGUGUGUGGAGAAAAACCGCCAUCCAGUUACGGAUACCUUGAUGCUCAAAACGCUCUGCCAAACUUGAGAUGGAUCGAUAAUCACAAAGCGAUAUUUUUCUGCUCAACAAGAAUGAUUUCUAGUGUUCAUGCGCAAGAUGGAUAUUUGGAGAAAUUUAUGGCUGGAGUAGCUAGUCUGAGCUCAAACGACCCUAAGAAGCCGCCAGUAGGAGAAACAGAAUUGAUCAACUGUCUUGAUAACUUGCUCAAAGCCGGGCCCGAUAAACUUGUUGCAUUUAUUCACUUCAUCCUAAGCAGGCUUUUUUUCUUAAUUGCCAAUCCACCAUAUACCGAUGAACUGUCAACUAAAGCGUUUGAAUGCAUUGGAAAUUUGGUGAAGCUUUUUUCAAGGAUGUUGGAUUCUGAUAUUGAUGCACACAACCGCAGUAUGUUGUUGGCGUCAUUUGUCAAGUAUCGAAAACAAGCCGCACAAGAAUCCAAACCACACUCCAGUAUCCGACCAGCAGAACUGAAAACCUCCCCGACUGAUAAUAGUAUGCUAACCAGUAUUAUUGAGCAUCAAGAAAGAUCACACUCGUCUACUAAUCUUGUGGCAACUAAUGUCAGACUGCAUGAGAGUCUUCUAGAAGUUUGGCUCCGUGCGCGAGGCACAGCCCGAGAAAACUCUUUGGUGAACUCUUGGUUCUUUCUUGAAAUUACUUUGAAAGCAUGCUCAGAGUACUUGACAAUGACUGGACGCAUUUUCUCAUCAAGGAAGAUCAGAUUUGGAGAACAAUUUUUGAAAAAUGUUGAGACAUUGAUAGAUAUUCUUGCACAAGAGGUCAUCACCAGACAUGCGAACGAUUUCGAAGAAGGAAGAAUGAUAUCAAACUCAUUGGGCUAUUUCCUCAGAGAUUGUUUCUCGAUCAUGGACAGAACAUAUGUGAUGAAACUGGUGCAUAAGUAUCUGACGGCGUUCUCGGAAAGCAUGAAAAAACUGGCUCACGGCAAUGAACUACUCGCCAUUAAAAUAGAUUUCAUAAGAAUUGUGUGCUCUUACGAGCACUAUCUCAUUGUGAACGUGCUCAGCGAUAUUGAACUACCGGAGGCUACUGUCACAGGAGCUGCACCUCCAGUUUCUUCGUUGUCUGGAAGUAAAACGAAGAAAAAUUCCUUGGCCAGCUGGACCAUGACUGAUAACUCACGAUCGACGCAUUAUCUCUCUGGUCAAGUGAUGUCGGAUGUGAAAGAUGCGAUAGCUUCUGGAAACACCACUCUGUGUGCCAAAGCUAUUGAAACCGUCAAAGAGCUACUACAAUCUCACGAGCUGGACAAUAGAAUUGCGGAAGGAGAAUCCGCUGCCAAAGUCGCCAAUAUCUACAAACCUUUGGUUGGAAUUGUGUUGGAUAACAUUGACUGCUUGUAUUCCGGCUCAAUGCGCAAUUCUACUGAUGUAUCGUCCACCAACUCAUUUGUGGAACAGACUUUGCGACAAGAUGUGAUGGCAGCGAUAGCGGGAAAAUUAAGAAAUAGCCCAGAUCCAAACUUUGGUCGACUUCAGAUGGACCUCACAAUGACGAAAUCGAUUUUAUGCUGCAUGUUCUGGGUGCUCAAGCACAUUGACCGAGAAGAUCUACAAAACUGGAUUGAUUCCCUAGACCACGAAUACAUGCUGAAACUACUUCAUAUUAUCUACUACACCAUGUCCACCUUUGAAGUCAAGGAUGACUCGGUGACAGCAAGAAGGUCCCCUGACAAGACAUCCUUAUCGAAGCUGGAUGAAGAGCCAGAAUCAGGAGAGGUGAAAUGGAGAACUCGAAGCUCGGAUACGUGUGACUCGAGAGCCGACCAAGUUUCUACUCUCGAAGCCAUCUCAUCAGAUGCUAUCGUCUCCUGUGAAGUUUUCAUGUGCGUUGUAGAAGUGAUUGACAACAUUAUCUGCAUCGCAACUGAUCCCAAGAACUCACAAUUUCACAUUCUUCCGAUGGUUUUUCCUAUCUUAAUGCACGGAUUAUCAUGCAAUGCAUCAGAUCAAGUAUUGGAGGUCAUUUUUGCGGCUCAACAAAACUUUUUCGCGAAAUUCCCGGAUAUGAUUCUUGAGCAGAAGCCUGAACUGUGCGCAGAACUGUCCCAACAAAUUCUUCGCCACUGCUCGUCGACAAAACUGGAGAAUGUGAGAACUAUGGCAACCGUUAGCUUGUAUCACUUCCUCCGCGAAAACUUCAAGCUGUAUAGAAAUUUGACCCGUGCUAGAACUUUCUUGUCCACUGCGCUCUCUACGUUGCUCUCCGGAAGCUGUGGUGUGGAUAUUUUCGUGAAUGACGAGUUCAUGACAAAGAGUUUGGAAAUUGCAAACCAGCUUGCUGCUGAAGAUGACAUCUUCGAUGAGACAACCAAGCGGAAAUUGACAGAACAGAUGAACGAGUUGACAACAAAUCUCCAGAAAAUCAUGUUGAGCACUGUCAGAAUGCGUGAGCACGUAAACGAUUACGAAAUGACGAUUGAUCUGAUGUACCAGCUAGUGGAAGGCUAUUCCAACAAUCCGGAUCUCCGAAUCACUUGGCUUCUCAAUAUGGCAGAACGGCACGAGAAACAACGGAAUCUGUGUGAAGCAGCGCAUAGCUAUCUACAAGCGUGUGCUCUGGUCUUUGAGUACAUUGCUCAGAGAGAUCAGAAUUUGGCGUUUGAGUCGAAAGGAGCUGCCACGCUUGCCGAUAUCACACCGAAUGCAAUGAAAGAAUCAAGAACUAACUUCAAUGCGGUGAAAAAUUCCGACAACGAAAAUCAGAUUCAAUCGUACCAUUUCACAGAAGCUGGACUUGUGAAGAUCCUUGAGAAAGCGUUCUCACUUCUAGAAAAAGCCCAACUCUAUGAGCUACUCUUCCCAUUCUCCAAAGUGAUUCUCGACUAUUGUCAUGAGACCAGAAGCUACAGUAGAGUAUCGCACAUUCACAAACGGCUCAGUAUCGCUGCUGAACAAAUCAAAGAGACUGGAGAGUUCUAUGAGAAUCAAUCGGACCCAUGGCUAUCUCCUCUGCCUGGAAUUGAUAAGCGCUGUUUUGGAACAUUCUUUAGAGUGGCGUUUUAUGGAAAAUUGUUUGGUGAAUUAAACGAAAAGGAGUUUGUGUACAAGGAGUCCGCCUUUUCCAAGCUAAACGAGAUCAGUAGUCGCCUCGAGAUCUUCUACACCAGUACGUACGGAGAGGACAAUGUGAUAGUUCUGAAGGAUUCGAAACCAGUAGACGUUCGAAAACUGAAUCCUGAAAAGGCUUACAUCCAGAUCACAUUCGUAGACGUCUACUUGGCCGAUAAUGAGAAAAUGGAGAGAUUGAGCUACUUUGAAAGAAGAAACAAUGUCAGCAUGUUCUACUACGAAACACCAUACACAACCGAAGGACGUGCUCAGGGAGAUUUAUCCUCGCAGUAUAAGAAACGGACGAUUCUGACAGUGGAAAACUCAUUCCCAUACAUCAAAACUCGUCUACGCGUUGUGAGUCGAGACGUUCUGAACUUUUCGCCAAUCGAAGUUGCCAUUGAGGAUAUCGACAGGAAAUCACGAGAACUCGCGGCCGCUCUCCUGCAUAAAAACCCAAAAAUGUUGUCAAUGUUGGUUCAAGGCUCGAUUGGAACAACAGUGAAUCAGGGCCCACUUGAGAUCGCCAAUGUUUUCCUGGCUAAUGCAAUGACCGAUGAGCGUGGUCGACCCGUGGAUCGACUCCAGAACAAGCUCCGUCUCUCCUUCCGACAUCUCCAAUUCCGAGCCAUGGAAGCAAUCGAACUGUCCCGUCAAUUGAUUAGUGAAGACCAAAAGGAGUACCAAGAGAAUAUGGAGGCCAACUUUCGAAGUUUCGUGACCCACCUGAAACCGAUGCUGACCAGGGAGAAACACGAGAUAACCAUCUCCGAAUUCAGCAAGCCCACCGUUGUAUAA